AUGUCAUCACGGACACGGUAUUAUUUGGAACAGUGUAUUCCAGAAGUUGAUGAUUUGGUUCAAAAGAACCUCUUUACCAAGAAUGAAGUUAAUAAAAUCAUGAGAAAACGAACAGAUUUCGAACAUAGACUUAGCUCCAGAGGUUCCAGUAUAAGUGACUACAUCAGAUAUAUUGAAUAUGAAAAGAAUGUCAACGCGCUAAGAUUGAAACGAGUAAAACGUAUUCUACAAUCUAAUAAGUCAAACAGUAUCUCAGAUUAUACCAUUCAACAAAGGAUCUUGUACAUUUUUCAAAGAGGUUGUAACAAAUUCCCAAAAGAAUUGAAAUUCUGGUCUUUAUAUCUAAAUCAUUUGAAAUCUAAGGGUACAAACGCAUCCUAUAAGAAAAUCCAAAAUGUUUACAAUCAAUUGCUCAAGUUACAUCCAACUAAUGUAGACGUAUGGAUAUCUUGUGCAAAGUACGAGUACGAAGUUCACGCGAACUUCAAGAGCUGUAGAAAUGUGUUCCAAAAUGGUCUAAGGUUCAACCCCGACGUACCAAAACUCUGGUAUGAAUACAUUAAAUUUGAGUUGAACUUUGUUACUAAGUUGUUGAAUCGUAGAAAGGUCAUGAACCUAAUUAACGAAAGAGAACAAGAACUAGAUAUGCUAAAACAGCAAGAGGAAGCAAGAAAUUUGAACUCAGCAGAAACAGAAGGUGAAGAUACAUACUAUGAUCAAGACGGUAUCCAAUUACCAAGUACAGGUGACAAAAUGAAGGAUAAGUUGAACGAAUUGCCAGAAGCUGACCUUAAUAUGUUGGGAUCAGAGGACACGAACCCAGCUUUACGUGGUGAUGUAGCUUUAGCAAUCUUCGAUGUUGCUAUGAAGAACCUAGGAACAUCCUUUAUUAAAAAACACCAGGGUUAUUAUUCUAUCACCAACUCUCAAGUAGACCAAGAGUUGAGCAGAAAUGUUUUGGAGUAUUUAUAUGACAGGUGUAUCGAAUACAUCCAGUUAUUUUCAGAGUUUCAAGAUCUGAAGAGAGAGUACUUACUAAACCAUAUAAUACAAUGGUUAAAGAAGGAACAUUACAAUGUGUCAAUCGAAAAAGACUUACCAGAACACUACGUUGAACUACUACUUUACGAUAUCACUCUCAAUAUCAGGUUUAUGCCUGCAGAUAAUUUGGACAUUGACAAUUUACAAAUAUCUUUCAAAAAGUUCAUUGCGUACAAAACAAAGCUCGAUGACGUUCACGCGCAAAAGUUAACAACUCUAUACGCAGACUACUUGACCCAGAACUAUCUUGCAAACAUCGACAAAUCUGAUCCAAAAUACACUAUUUUGAAUGCUAUCAUCAAGAAAUUAUAA